AUGGACUCAUUUAACGAAAAAAAUUUGUAUACCGGGUUCUCCAUGUUCCAACAAAGGGGUCCCGAUGUCUCUCGCUUUCGCCAAUUUCUUAACCUUUUGGGAUGCAUUAUUGUGAUCCCUAUUUAUUCCUACAUCACUGGAUAUACACGACACCCAUUGACGUUGGAUAUUUUGCUGACGAUUUUCGCGGCGGAAUACAAUCGCUUUUCAAAUGAGAACCGACGGCGACGAUUGAAGGCCUCGACACAGGCUGUUCAAGACGUGGAAAAAGCUAGCUAUCUACUCACCGGCACCGAGAGAGCUAUAGAAUGCAUGGCUGCGAUUGUCGGCUAUCGUGAAGAUCCAAAGCUGUUUGCUCGUGCUCUGGACAGCUACAAAACUGCAGCUGAAUGUCGGUUCGUCCUGGUAGGCGUUGAUGGCGACGAUACUCCGGACAUGGAGAUGGUUCGCGUUUUCCAAGAAGUUUUCCCUGAAAAAUCAGCCGUCAUUCAAAUUGAUGAGCCCCUAGGCGAAGUCGCCAUGAAGACCUUUGAGAAGCUUUCCAAGGUCGAUGGCAACGCCCAGGCUCCCAAAGUUUACAUGGAAGCUACCAUUGCCCACUGUUGUCAACUUGCACGCGAGAUUCUCGCUGAGCAUGACCUUGAUCUCGGUGAGGCCGGUGGUAUCACAAGACUGUGUCUUUUCCAACCCCAUCUGCACAAGAAGGGCAUUAUGUUUUCCGCUUUCAUUUUCUCCAUCGUGAUCUCCGAGAUGCUCGGUAUCGAGUACUUGUGGUCCUCCGACUCUGACACCAUCAUUAUGACUGACUCCUUGCGGAGCACCAUCGAAACCAUUGCUGGUGACCCCCAUGUCGGUGGUGGUAGCUCGGGCUUGAUUAUCCACAACGAGAAUGACUCUGUCACGACCAAACUUGGUAGUGUCGUCUACUGGUCUGAGCUUUAUAUGACUCGCUCAACUUCGACUGCCUCUGGAACUAGCGACUGUCAGUCGGGACCUAGUACAGCAUUCCGGAUAACUGCGCUCCCAGCCGUCUUGUAUCCUUGGUAUACUCAGACCGUCCUGGGACAUCGGAUGAUUGUCAACGAGGAUCGCCAUCUCACUACAAACCUGCUCAUGCGCGGAUGGACCGUGACAUAUGUGUCUGACACAUUGACUGCAACUGACACGCCGACAACUCUGAGCCGCUGGAUCAUGCAACAAGUCCGCUGGAGCCGAGCUGGUCACAUCGAGUCCUUCCAACAGCCCCAAAUCUACGUCCUCAACAACCCACUCUUCUUCUGGGCUGCUAUCAAGCGAGAGGCCGGACCUCUGCUUGGAUUUGGGUAUAUCCUCUACUACCUCAUCACUGGUCGCUGCUUUGCUUAUUUCAACUGGUACGACGUCGGUAUCCGUGUUGCCUAUACAUUACUGUACAACUUCUUCCGCAAUCCGGACAGAGGUCCAACGAACUAUUGGCUCUGGAUUGGCCCAGGUCUUUUGUUCUACAAUAUCCCUCUGCCCAUGAUUCAUCUUUGGAGCUUGAUCACAGUGUUCCAGGAUGGAUGGGGUACAUCUAUGCGAUCAACUAGCGAGCUGUCCAAGAGAGGACAGGCGUGGAAGCGCUGGAAUGAUCUGGGAUUCUUUGUUGUGUGGAUGGGAAUUGUUGGAGGCACUUUGGCGAGAAUGUUCGCCAAUAUGGCUGGGUGGGAUGAUACUAGUAUUCACCAGGCCAUUGUGCUGGGAGUGAUUGUCCCAUCGGCGGUGUCGUUUUACGGAUUGGUGAUCCGUGAAUAA